GAUAUCAGUUUACAAGUACACGAAGCAACAUGAAGUUUGUGAUUCUCGUCGCCCUCACUGCCGUGGCCGCCGCGGCCCCCCAGAAUGGAUACUCGCUUCCGGACCCUGCCUUGAGGGAUGUAGUAGAGGUCGUGCCCAUCCUGAGGGACAACCGAGUCCAAGAGGACGACGGCAGGUACAACUUCGACAUCGAGACUGGCGACGGCAUCACCGCCUCGGAGUCCGGCUCACCUGACGGCCCGGAAGGCGCCGUCGUUGUGUCUGGAAAGUACUCCUACCCCGCCCCGGACGGCACCCUCAUCGAAGUCACCUACAUCGCCAACGAGAACGGUUUCCAGCCUUCUUCUAACAUCCUCCCAGAGCUCCCGCAGUUCGUCCUCGACCAGAUCGCGAAGGCUGCCGAGGAGGACGCCCUUGCUGCCGCCGCCGCUGCUAGAGACAACCAGCCUUCCAACCUUUACCAGAGGCCUCAGUAGAUGAUUCGCAAGUGGAGUGUCUGUGGCUAUGUGUUCUAUUUAUCCUCCAGUUACAUUUGUGAUGACAUUUGCUUGUGACCAGGAAAUGGAGAUGAGUUUUUAAUAAAUAUUUCAAACCUUU